AUGUCAGGGCCGAGUGAAUGGAGCUGGGAAGAAAAUAAAGUGUUCGAGAAUGCUCUUGCAAUGCACUAUGAAUACUUUGAAAAAGGAGAGUGGGAGAAGAUUGUUGUGUUGAUUCCUACCAAAACCCCUACUCAAAUAAGCAUACACUACGCACAUCUACUGGAGGAUAUAGAGUCAAUUGAAUCUGGUCUGGUACCACCCCCAAGAUUUCAAGAGAAAAUCAGUGAUGACAAAGGUGGUGACAUUGAUCUUGAAGAAGGAGAGGGAUCAUCAACAGAACUUGAGUGA